AUGGACGGCUCGGGGGUCAAGAAGCCGCCCAAACGCCAGGAAGGCCGCAUCAUUCUGCAGUUUGACUAUGACUGCUUCUACGCUCAAGUGUUUGAGCAAAAGAACCCGGCUCUGAAAUCAAAGCCGGUUGGCGUCAAGCAGAAGAACAUCUUGGCCACGUGCAACUACAAUGCGCGCCGCCGCAAUGUCAAGAAGCUCAUGCUCAUUUCAGAGGCAAAGAAGAUAUGCCCUGAUCUUGUCCUUGUCGACGGCGAGGACCUGACGCCGUUUCGGGAUAUGAGCAAAAUACUCUUCAACUUCCUAAGAUCUCACUCUUGGAACGGCAAAGCCGAACGCCUUGGUUUUGAUGAGGUCUUCUUGGACGUGACGGACAUUAUCGAAUACAACAUGUUCUGUCUCAACCGGGCUUCAAUGGCUGAAUCUUUCUUCUACCUAUCUAAAAAGGAUCCCGAGCUGGGCUUCGCAUGCGAUUUAACCUCGAUUGCAGGCUGCGUUGUUGGUGCCGCCCCUGAGAGUGUGGAUUUGGAGAGCCCCAUCUACUUGAGACACCUCUUGGGAUCCCACCUUGCCCAAUACUUGCGACUCAAAUUAGAGCAAGGCUUUGGCUACACAUCAACCUGUGGCAUCUCUACAAACAAGCUUCUGAGCAAGCUCGUUGGUAGCAAGAACAAGCCGCAGAAUCAGACAACGCUACUUGCAUUGACUGAUGAUGAUAUCAUCAACUUUGUAGACGGACACAAGCUUCGCACCAUCCCAGGAAUGGGCUCCAAGAUCACGCACCUUUUGGAAGCCCAUAUCUUGUCCAAGGAACUCGAUCAGGACCUUGGUCCCUUUGAUUCUCUGGUUACUGCACGGGAAGCCCGUCUCCAUCCAACCGUCACGCCAUCCUUUCUAGAGACCCUUUUGGGCGGCCCAGGGGCCGAAAGAGGCGUCGGACCUCGAGUUUGGGGGUUUCUCCAUGGCGUGGAUCCUACUGAAGUCAAGGAAGCUACCGAUGUACCGUCACAGAUUAGCAUUGAAGACACCUACAAGGGCCUUGAAACGGUGCCCCGAAUAACGGAAGAGCUUCACAAGUUGUCCUGUUCUCUCAUCCGCAGAAUGAGGGUAGAUCUCUCUGUCCUGGAUGACGGUUCGGAUAUCCCUGGUAGUCGCAAGUGGAUUGCUCGACCAAGGACGCUUCGCCUCUCGAUUCGAUCGUGGCCAAAGUCAGAUGCCUCCCAGCCUCGGGACUUUAGUCGCGUGUCUCGGUCGGGACCGUUGCCAAGCUUUGUGUUUGACUUGAAGGCUGAUAUUGAUGAGAUCGCCCAGCAGCUAGUCGCAGAAGCGCUACUGCCAUUGCUUCGCCGCCUACAGAAUGAAAAGGGCCAAACGUGGAACCUGCAGCUGAUUAACAUCUGUGCCGCAAACAUGGUUGCCGGAGCUACUGGCGACAAGAUGGGGGCGGGACGGGACAUUGCAACCAUGUUUAAGAGGCAAGAUGAAGUGCUUGCUCCCUGGAGAAUUACAUCUGACGCUAUUGACGAGAAUGAUCAAAUCAUGGAAAACGAGACGGAGAGCAUUGUGCCUGAAGAUUCUGAUUCUGACACGGACAUUUCCUGGGAGGCUACAGACAAUUCAAUAUGCGCUACCUGCGGUUAUUCUAUACCUUCGUUUGCGCUCUCCGCCCACUCAAGGUAUCAUGAGCUAGGCGAAUGA